CCUGUUAAAUAAACGAUCUUCGCAGAGGGGAGGAAAACAACCGAGCAGCAGCUUCCUGUUUCUCCGCCCACAGUCAGCUGUGACUCGGCCGUUUGCAAACAGAACCGUCCUCCACGGUCCCGCAGCUCCUCCACGAUGGGGGAAAACGACGACAGCGACAUCAUAGAGCACCACGUCGAGGAGGAGAUGGAGAAGAAAGGCGCGCGGAGCCACGGAGCGUCUUCCUCGCUCCUGGAGAGCCCCAGUCCGUCCGAUAGAGCGGCCCACAGCAGCACCCAGUCCUCCCACAGACUGCUGGCCUACAGCGAUGCGCUCAUCUCCAUCAUUGCUACAGUCAUGAUUUUACCUGUGGCCCAUACCAAAGUGGAAGAUAAUGAGGAGUUGAGGCAGAGUGUUCAGCUUCUGCUGACAACGAAGAUCGCCAUUUAUUUAAUGACAUUCCUCAUUGUGACCGUAGCCUGGGCCGCUCAUAUCAGGUUAUUUCAAGUGAUCGUGCACGUUGAUGACUGCCUCGCUCUGCUGAACCUUGCCUGCAUGAUGCUGAUAACCUUCCUGCCGUACACUUUUUCUUUAAUGGCCACCUUCCCUGACAACAUCCUUGGGAUUUUACUCUUUUGUGGUUGUGUGAUGGUGAUCGGAGUCAUUCAGUCAGUGAUCGUGUUGUACGCCUUCAGCCACCCCUUCCUGCUCAACGAACAGAUCCAGAUCUCAGAGAACCAGACCUUCUACAAACACCACAUCCUCAAAGUCAUCAUGAGGGUUCCUAUCAUGUGCUUAUUUGCAAGCAUCUUCUCCUCCAUCUUCUUCCAGCUGUCUUAUGUGCUCUUAGCCAUCGUCAUCUUCCUGCCCUACAUCUCCCAGAGCCUGAAGUGGUGUCGCAGCAAAGCGAUCGGUCAGGUGGAGGAGACUCCAGACUCCAUGUUGUUUUACACCUACCUGCCUAACGAGCCCCUCAGUAAAGAGCGAGUGGAGGCGUUCAGUGACGGGGUUUACGCCAUCGUAGCAACGCUUCUCAUCCUGGACAUAUGUGAAGACAAUGUUCCAGACCCGAUGGUCGUGCAGAAGAAGUUUGGCGGUAGCCUCAUAGCAGCGCUGCAGGACUACGGCCCAGAGUACCUCGCCUACUUCGGUUCCUUUGUCACCGUCGGCCUCCUCUGGUUUGUCCAUCACUCACUCUUCCUCCAUGUCACCAAGGCAACACGCUUCAUGGGCUUAUUGAACACCUUCUCUUUGGCGUUUGUUGGAGGUUUACCUUUAGCCUACCAGCUAACGCAGGAAUUCCCAAAGAACUCUCACAACGAACUGGAAGCCAUUCAGAUUAGCUGCGUGAUCGUCUUCUUCGCUGGUAUAUUUCAGCUGGCCAUAUGGGUGGUGGCUUUGUACAACGAACAGGAAACCUUGCACCCUUACGUGUGGUAUGGCGGACGCGAGCACGUGUUUAUGCUAGCUAAGCUAGCGCUGUACCCCUGCGUUGCUUUGGGGACGUUUUUCCUCACAUGUAUUUUGAGUAAAUUUAGUGCUUCCAUCUUCCACCUGAUGGAGAUCACGGUGCCUUUUGCUUUUCUUCUGUUGAGGAUUUUAGUUCGUGUUGGGUUAGCGCUGCUACGACUGAUUUUCUGUCCCAGCCGACACAGUCUUAGAAGUGUUGAGGAUGAGGAAGCGGACGAAACAAGAAUGCCAUUUAAUGCAGUAGUUACUUAGCUGACAUGCAGAGAGGGGACAGAGCUGUGAGGUAUACCUGCUGAAAGGCUCGGCCACGGAAAGAGUUUCUAUUAGAUUUGACCUCUUGUCAGUAGCCUGGUGGGGUUUAAAUGGGAACAAAAUGGAAGGUGGUUUGAUGGCUUUUCAACAAUCAGACUUGUUUAUUUGUUGAGAUGGAGUCUGUACAAAAGGAUUAAAAACAACCAAAUGUGUUUAAGGAAUAUGGAUCCUAUGGAGGCUGAGAAAAUGUCACGUGUAGCGUGCAGACAUUCAUGGGAAUGAUAAACAACCAAAGCCCAUUCAUUGAAAUUUCUUAUGACUAAUGCUAAACUGAUUAGCAGUUAAUUAACCAGUUUGAGUGGGCUUGUGCUGAGCUGUUCACCAAGCACUAGCAUGCUCAGCUGCAUAAUUUUUAUUUUUCUAAACGCACACUGCAAGCCAUCCAACUGCUUUAAUUUACUCUUUACCUUCUAUCCGUCCACAAUGGAUUUCAUCAGCACAUCUAAUUAUGUUAAGUCAAAGUAAAGAGUAUUUCUUGCUUCAGUGUGUGAUGGGGAAAGUUUUUUCUGUGUUCAGAUGCUGAUAAAAACUAGUUUAACUACCAGAGGCUUUUGCACUUUAAACACUACUGAGCAGGUAUAUAAAAUUCUUCAUUGCACUAUUUUUAUGUCAGUUAUGUAUAAAACCCACAGGAAU